GGUUAUCUUGAACGCCAAGAUCCAGAACAGGGGCAUGUAGUGAUUAGAUCCGCUCGCAUGCUUCCGAUGACCGUUCAAUAUUAAUUGCUGCUGCACCCACUGGUAAUUGUGCAAUCAUCUCUACCACAACUUUCGUUCAGUCAACACGGGCCGUCAAUAUGUCGAGCCAAAUCGAGGCGAAAAACGUCAACACGGCAGAGGGUAUCCACGAAAAGACACCCUCCGAAGGCUACAGAACUAGUGAUGUCGAGUUGCCGCUGGAUGCUAAAGUUGAGACUGAAUUAAAUGUCACGGAGCAAGAUCUAGCGGAGGCCAAGGAGUUGGCCUCCAACCUCACUCUCGAGGAAGUCCGGCCGAUGAUGGAGAAGGUGUUGAAGAUCCACGAGAAUGAUCCCAACUUUCCCUACAGCAUCAUCGAGAAGAUCAGAUACUUCCUUGGUAAUGAGGCCAUCUUCGAGAACCCCGAGAAGCAUGCUGUCUUGAUCGAGGAGAUGAAGUUAGAAUCUGCCCUGAUUACUGUCAACAGCCCUUACGCGGAAGUUCGAGCUGUCGUAGACAACCAUGAUGAUGUAGACAUUCCAUGUGGCACCAUUCGUGCUUGGGUUAUUGGUUCUGGUUUCGCAGUGCUGCUAGCCUUCAUCAAUCAGCUUUUCUCGAUUCGUCAGCCCGCAAUCACUGUUCAAGCCAACGUUGCCCAGUUACUCGCCUAUCCUAUCGGCAAAUUCUGCGAAAAGUCGUUGCCUGAUUGGGGCUUUACUCUCUGGGGGAUCCGGCACAGUCUAAAUCCUGGCAAGUUCAGCAAGAAAGAGCACAUGCUUAUUACAAUUAUGGCUAAUGUCAGCUGGAACUAUCCUUACACCAACAACAUCAUCUGGGUCCAGUAUCUGCCGACGUACUUUAACCAGAGCUAUGCCGGCCAGUUCUCCUACCAAAUCUUGAUUGCCCUUGCUACAAACUUCAUUGGGUACGGAAUGGCCGGAAUGGUCCGAAGAUUCCUUGUUUAUCCAUCUUACUGUGUGUGGCCCGCUAGUUUGGUGACUAUUGCCUUGAACUCUGCUUUCCACAAUGACAAGACUGGCCCGGUCGAGUCGCCAUUUGGCAGGGUCUUUACCAUGUCGAGAAUUAAGUUCUUUGGUGUGACUUUUGUAGCCAUGUUCGUGUGGUUCUGGUUCCCGCAGUACAUAUUUACUGCGCUGAGUAUAUUCUCCUGGAUGACUUGGAUCUCGCCCAACAACCUCAAUCUUUCUAACAUCACGGGAUUCAACAAUGGCCUCGGUAUCAACCCUUGGCCCACAUUCGACUGGAACAUCUUGCUCUUUGAUGCGACAGAUCCUUUGAUGAUUCCUUUCUUCUCCACGCUUAACAAGUUCAUUGGAGCUUGUGUUGCUGCCAUCACUAUUGCGGCUAUCUGGUACCAAAAUGUCUGGAACACAGCCUACUUACCUAUCAACUCAAACCGAGUCUACGAUAACACAGGAUCUCUCUACAACGUUUCGCGGGCCGUCGAUGACCGUGCACUCUUUGAUGCUGCUAAAUACGCUGAAUACUCGCCACCAUUCUUGGCUGCUGGAAACUUGGUUGUGUACAUGUUCUUCUUCGGCAUCUAUACGGCCACUGUUAGUUACGCGUAUCUAUACCACAGGUACGAGAUUGCUAUGGGUUUCAAGAAUCUAUGGAAUAGCUUCCGCAAGGAUAAGAACACCGGCGUUGGAAUGUACUCUGAUGUGCACAAUCGCUUAAUGGUCAACUAUAAGGAAGUACCCGAGUGGUGGUACAGUCUUGUCAUCGUUGUGGCCAUCGCUUUCGGCUGUGCUGGUAUUGCCGGCUGGGAAACCUACACAUCGGUCGGCGUGGUCUUCUAUGGCCUGGUCCUCUGUGCCCUUUUCGUGAUUCCUGUCGGUAUCAUCAAGGCCAUGACCGGUAUCGAAGUUACCCUCAACGUGCUCGCCGAAUUCAUUGGUGGAUCCUGGGUCCAGGGUAAUGCCUUGGCUAUGAAUUACUUCAAGAGUUUCGGCUACGUGACUUGUGCUCAUGCUGUCUGGUUCUCAAACGACCUCAAGCUGGCUCACUACGUCAAGAUUCCCCCGCGCCAAACCUUCAUGGCCCAGAUGAUUGGUACUCUGAUCUCAACGUUCGUCUGCGUUGGUGUUCUCAACUUCCAAAUGAACCAGAUUCCCGGCGUCUGCACAACUGAUGCUCCUAACCGUUUCACCUGCCCUGGUAUCAACACCUUCUUCACCGCAUCGGUCCUUUGGGGUACUGUCGGCCCUGUAAAGGUUUUUGGGUCGGGUGGCCUCUACACCGCGUUGCUGGUCGGUUUCCCUCUUGGAUUUGUGAUCCCAAUUGUCUUCUACUUUGCCCAAAAGAGGUGGAGAAAUGUACGUUGGUUGCGCCAGAUCCACCCAGUCGCCAUGUUCUAUGGGGCUCUGACCUGGGCUCCCUACAACAUGUCGUACAUCUGGCCUGCCGUCCCAAUUGCUUGGUUCUCAUGGGUGUACCUCAAGGGGCGGUACCUGGCAUUCUGGUCAAAGUACAACUUUGUGCUCUCCGCGUCCUGGAGCAGUGCCAUCGCCAUUGCCGGUAUCAUCAUCUUCUUCACCCUGCAGUGGCUGCAGAUCGACCUCGACUGGUGGGGCAACUCCGUCGUUUCUCAGGGCUGUGAGGAUGAUGCAUGCACUCUUUUCACGCUCAACGACGGCGAGUAUUUUGGACCAAGACUUGGCCAGUGGAGUUAGGAUGGAGGUUCGCAGGGCCAAUUGGCUGCAGAAGUUCCUAUCUUUGAGUGAUCCAUUUCGUUACUAUAUUCAUACCAUUCAUUAGUAUAUACCACUGAAGCUG